AUGAAGGGCAGCCAGUCAGAAAGAAGAUGGACAUGGACAGAGUGUUUUUUGAAAUUUGGUGUUGAUACUUCUUCAAAACAGUUUUCCCUUUACAUCAGCAUUGAGCUUUCUCGUGUUCUCAAGUCCCCAAGAGAAGGUUUACUGAUGGUGCAUGUUAUUCAAAGAAUGCACAGUUCCACUUUCUGUAAGCAGCAUUUAACUGUUCCCCGCCCCGGGGCGGAGCCAAUCCCAGCGCGGGGCGGGGCCGGCCAGAGGCGCGGCGCGCGGGCAGGCGGCCCCGCGGCCGGCGCGAUGCAGCCGGCCGGGCCCUGCAGCCCGUGUCCGUCCCAGCAGCCGUCACCCGACUCGUGGCCGCCCGUGACCUCCGAGGAGGAGCUCUACGACUGCCUGGACUAUUACUACCUGCGCGAUUUCCCCGCCUGCGGGGCUGGGCACAGCAAGGGCCGGACCCGGCGGGAGCGGGAACUGCACACCAACUGGACGGUGCCCGGCGGCCACGAGCGCAAGAUCGCGCAGAAGCUCCUCAACGGCCUGCGGCAGCGUCGCCAGCGGCAGCUGCAGCCCCGGCCGCGCACUCGGCUCACCUGA